AUGGCCUGUUAUCCAGGUAAAUCCACCUGGAUAUUGGUUUCAAUGAAACUAAAACUGAAAUUGGGCUUUUCCAACUUAGAAAAUCUGAAUCAAUCAAAAAAAGAUUUUGAAAAUUGGAUCAAAAUAGCCUGGUAUAUUUGUACAUGUUUUCAAUAUUUCGCUUUAUCGCCCCUUCAAAAAAAAAAUUUGGUCGCAUGUUAAAUGGCUCAACGCGUCGCGGCAGCGAUACUGUGACCAACAGCAAAAAAUUCCAGUUGAAAAAAAAUAACCCUACUACAAAAUUUCUUGAGCCCUGACCGCAACGCCGUGAGCCAUUCCAAAUGCGACCAAGACUUUUGCCAUCAACUAAGUCACUUGUCACUACCAACAGUCCAUUCGAAGAAAAAUUUGAUCGCACGAAGAAUGGCGCAACGCGUCGCGGCUGCGCAGCGGUCACUUUUAAUCCAAAAAGUUUAAUUUUCAAACUUUUCACUUGAACCGCGACGCGAAUGCAACGCGUUGAGCCAUUCCAAAUGCGACCAAAACUUUUUUCUUCGACUAUUUUCCACGUCAUUUCCCACGUUUCAUUCGAAGAAAUAGUUGGCCGCACAGAGAAUGGCUCGACGCGUCGCGGCUGCAAAGCGGUCACUACAAUAAUGUGACGGACGGCGAAAAAAAAAAAUCAAAAAGAGUUUGUUAUUUGAACCGCAACGCGUUUAGCCAUUUCAAAUGCGACCAACACCUGUUUCCUAUUUUACCUCUCAUUUCCCACAGUCCAUCCGCCACAUCUUGAAGUUUUAUAUAGAAAAAUAGAAAUGGUUCGUAACCAAAAUUCAAAGAAAACAGGCUGUUCGAAACUCAGUAAAAAUAUAAAUUGCUCAAGAUUAAAAUCAUUUUUUCUACUCCCCCCUCCCCCUCUCUUGGAAGGGGAGGGGGUCAUAUAAAAAUUAGAGUAAUUCGUAAAAAGGAGGGCGCGCAAAAAAACAGGCGAAUGAUAUAAAUUUUUUUAAGGUCCGCCUCUCUACCCUUCAUUCCUUGAGUCCGACUCCAAAGUUCUUCCUCCAAUUCCCUCGUGCGAACAAUUCAAAAACGUCUCAAAAACUCUCGUCGAUGAAACCUUCGACAUGGUCGAGCAGGUCGUGGAUGUAAGCUUAUCUUGACUUCAAAGAAAAUAAUAAAUUCCCAGGUCCCGACAGCAACCAACAUGUUCGCCCUCGGGGACUUUAUCAAAACCCAAAAAACCAGGCUUCAAAGCCUUCUAGACGUCCUUCCGAGCAGCGGAUUCUGGAGAAAAAUAGCCGUGAGUUUCGGAAUAAUCUUUCUGACCAGUUACGACGAAUAUAGUCCGUUUUUCGCGACUUCUCUGCGCCCUCCUAAUCUCCCGACGUCUCUCUCAUGUUUACGCGCUAUUUCCAUAUUUCUCUGACCUCGCCGGUGAGGGAAAAGAGAGACCCAGACACGUGAAAACUGUCAAAUCGCGCUGGACGGACUAUACAGUAACCCAAGAUAAUGCUCCUACAGUAACCUAGAAUAGAAGAUGCAGUACAGUAAGCCAAGAUAAUGCUCCUACAGUAACCUAGAAAAAUAGUACUCAAGUAACACAAGAUGUACUACAGUAACCCAAGAUAAAAUAGUAUUACAGUAACCUAAAGUACAGCUAAAAAUAUUUUUUUUUAACUUUAAAAUUCUGUUUAUUACUAAAAUCAACAAAAGUAAAUGGAAGCUUCAAUAUUUGUGUGGCCAUUGAAACGUCAAAACCCUAUAGUGGUCCCUAGGAUUUUCCCAGUAACCAAAAAUUUGACAAAAAAGUUCUAAAAGAGGGACUCGGACAUUGGUGACGCGAAACGGGCGUUUCUGAACAACUCUAGAGGCCACUUUAGUAACUUCAGCUCUCUUAACGCGAAACGGGCGCGCUCCGGACGUUUCUAGACACUUCUAGGGAUCACUUGAGAGUUUUUACGCUACUGCAUAACUCUCAAGUGGUCACUAGAAUCGUUCAGAAGCGUCCGGAGCACGUCCGUUUCGGCUGA